UUGAAGUUUUGCGCAUGCCCGUUUGACCUUUCGCGUGCACCCCAGUGAGCGAGAGCGAGAGAGGAAGCUAGGUCCUUGUCAAGUCCAUAGGGAACGAUGCCUAAACAAAUCCAAGAAAUCAAAGACUUCUUGAUCACUGCAAGAAGAAAAGAUGCCAAAUCGGUGAAGAUCAUGAAGAGCAAAGAUAAGGUCAAGUUCAAGGUGCGCUGCUCUCGCUACCUCUACACACUAGUAGUGACUGACAAGGAAAAGGCAGACAAGUUGAAACAGUCGCUCCCACCUGAUCUCUCGGUGAAAGAGCUGGGCAAGAACAAUAAUAAGAAAUAGAUAUAGCCUCGUCUUGUAUGUGUUCUUAUUGCUCUCUCUGUGCCUCUCUGUGAAUUGUGUCGGUCAUGGGUUUGGGAACGAGACUA